AUGGGAAAAUUUAAUAUCAUUGCAGACACAUUGACGAUAAUAAAUCUCGCCGAAAUUUACGUCUUUGGAUGGUUAUUUAAAAACAUUAUCCUUCUCAGCAUAUGCAUUAAGGAGUGUGAAGAUUUCUAUACAAAUGUAAUCGAGGCCGAGAGGCAGUGUAUGAUACGUUCCGAGAAUGAUGAGAGUGAAGGUAUGAGGAAGUUAUAUAAAAAUAUUCGAAGAUUAAACAGAGCGAAGUUCAGUAAGAUGACAGCUUGUCGAAUCUUCACAGUGGACGCGGCGCUGCCCUUACGAUACUUUGAUAACUUUGCUGUUUAUACUAUUGUCAUUUUGCAAUUUGCCUUUUCAUAA